AUGACUUCUGUCCACUCCAACAUCGAACUCCAGAAAGACAAUCCUCCAGUCACACUGGAGUCAUCUUAUCCCUCGUCGCAGCCAGAUGGUGGAUCGGCGACAUCAUCCCCUGACUGCUCAAGUUCAGUGGCUCCUGCAACUCCUAGGGAGGCCCGUGGUCGUUCCACCAGCAUUACAUCCCAGGACUCCAGCCGCCGCACCUUGCGUAGCCCUGGCAAGGGACGUGCUCGAUACAGUCCUUACCCUGGAGCACUGCAUCAUCAGUCUCGAGGAAUCAAGUUCGGCGACAUCGUUGAUAGUCUUGGCUGCGAACUUCCGUUUGCAAUCUUAACAUCUAGCGACACAAGUCUUCCUGAGCCCGACGAGAUGUCUGAAGAUGCGAUUGCCCUCAUGAUCGACGCGCAGAGGUCUGCCCUUGUCGCUCGUGUCCAAGAAUGCAAUGCGCUCGACUCCAAGAUUCACGAGAAGGAACGACAGAUUCGGCUCCUCAAGUCCAUUAGGGCAACGCAGACGAACUGUAUCCACGUUACCGAGGAGAGUCUCCACAGGCUGGAGGACCUUGCGCAGUGCUAG